ACGGACCCAGUAACACGCCAGUUCACCCAGCAAAUGAGAAACCAAUCGUCGCCUUCUCCCGCGACCGUCAGUCGCGAUCAGCUCUGCAAAUCCGCCAUUACAGACAACCACAAAAGUUACCCUUUCUUCAGAUUCAUCAAAGCCUCCAAAAGAGCUUUCGCCGCAGCAUUUCUUUUCUGGCGAAAGAGGCCAAAGCCCAAGAUUCUCGAGGGCGAGACCAGGACAACCCAGACCCCCAUCAGGGACCUUUCAUACAGUUCUGCCGGGAGCGAGAAGAAAGGUUUGGGGAGAUUAAGGAACUCGAGCUCCCGAGGAUCUUCUACUGCUGCGUCUGCUAGUGGGGAAUUGGGCACGGUUGACUUGUCUUUCGAUGAAAUUUGCAAGGGGACUGGGAAUUUCUCUGCGUCUAAUAAGAUUGGGGAAGGAAGAUUUGGAACCGUGUACAAGGCGAAGCUCAGAGAUGGAUCUUGCGUAGCCAUUAAGCGGGCUAGAAAGGAUAAUUAUGAUAAUCGUCUGACAGCAGAGUUCAAGAAUGAAAUCAUGGUUUUAUCGAAGAUUGAGCAUCUGAACCUUGUGAGGUACUAUGGGUAUUUGGAGCACAGAGAUGAGAAGAUCAUUGUUGUUGAGUAUGUCAGCAAUGGGACUCUCCGGGAACAUUUGGAUGGUGCGCAGGGAAAGUGCCUUGAAAUGGCAGAGCGUUUAGACAUUGCAAUUGAUGUAGCACACGCCAUUACUUAUUUGCACAUGUACACAGAUCCUCCGAUCAUACACAGAGACAUAAAGUCUACCAAUAUCUUCAUCACCGACAACUUUCAUGCCAAAGUUUCAGACUUUGGGUUUGCGCGGUUAGCUGCAGAAGAAGAUGCAGGUGCCACUCACAUUUCCACGCAGGUGAAAGGAACAGCCGGAUACCUGGAUCCCGAGUACUUGAAGACAUAUCAGCUAACCGAGAAGAGUGAUGUGUACUCGUUUGGAGUUUUGCUGGUCGAGAUUGUUACCGGGAGAAGUCCAAUUGAACAGACAUUCAGUUCCGAUGAGAAGCUAACAACGAAAUGGGCGUUGAAGAUACUAAAAAGAGGAGAUACUGUAAUGGCUAUGGAUCCAAGAUUACGAAGAAGUCCAGGUUCCGUUGAGGCGGUGGACAAGGUACUUAAACUGGCACAUCUAUGUGUUGCGCCUUCAAGAUCGGCAAGGCCAUCCAUGAGAAAAUGUGCAGAGGUGCUAUGGAGAAUUAGGAAAGAAUUCAGAGAUCGAAAUGUACAUUCCACUGCUGCUUCUGCAUCUUACUACACAGCUUUUGUAGGGAAAAAUCCCCCCACGCCCGGUGUUGAUUUUAGCGAUAAACUUAAGUUUGCUUCUACUUAAACUACUCUCAUUAUUUGUUUGUACUGAAAACACUUGUAACAAAGGCUGUACCACCCAGCAACACACAGAAAUAAUAAAAUAUAAUUAUUGAGGACA